AUGUCCUCGUGCAGCAACAUGGCCCCAAGUCCGCACGCAAGACUGCAUACACCAAUAUACCUCAGCACGCUAGCUCAGCCUCAGUCACUCCUCCGGUGCACGGCGCUCGGAAAACACGCCGGGACCCCAGACCGAACAAGACCUCCAGCCCAGCAACAACUUCUAGAACCCUACUCCCAGACCCAGGACCUAGACCUCAAAACCGACCAUCUAGCCCCCCAGACCGACCAUCUAGCCCCCCAUACCAAACAUCUAGCCCCCCAGACCGCACAUCUAGCCCCCCAGACCGACCAUCUAGCCCCCCAGACCCACCAUCUAGCCCCCCAGACCGACCAUCUAGCCCCCCAGACCCACCAUCUAGCCCCCCAGACCGACCAUCUAGCCCCCCAGACCCACCAUCUAGCCCCCCAGACCGACCAUCUAGCUCCCCAGACCGACCAUCUAACCGACCAUCUAGCCCCCCAGACCGACCAUCUAGCCCCCCAGACCGACCAUCUAGCCCCCCAGACCGACCAUCUAGCCCCCCAGACCGACCAUCUAGCCCCCCAGACCGACCAUCUAGCCCCCCAGACCGACCAUCUAGCCCCCCAGACCGACCAUCUAGCCCCCCAGACCGACCAUCUAGCCCCCCAGACCGACCAUCUAGCCCCCCAGACCGACCAUCUAGCCCCCCAGACCGACCAUCUAGCCCCCCAGACCGACCAUCUAGCCCCCCAGACCGACCAUCUAGCCCCCCAGACCGACCAUCUAGCCCCCCAGACCGACCAUCUAGCCCCCCAGACCGACCAUCUAGCCCCCCAGACCGACCAUCUAGCCCCCCAGACCGACCAUCUAGCCCCCCAGACCCGACCAUCUAGCCCCCCAGACCGACCAUCUAGCCCCCCAGACCGACCAUCUAGCCCCCCAGACCGACCAUCUAGCCCCCCAGACCGACCAUCUAGCCCCCCAGACCGACCAUCUAGCCCCCCAGACCGACCAUCUAGCCCCCCAGACCGACCAUCUAGCCCCCCAGACCGACCAUCUAGCCCCCCAGACCGACCAUCUAGCCCCCCAGACCGACCAUCUAGCCCCAAGACUGAACAUUUCUUCCCCAGACCGACCAUCUAG